CUUGUUUUUCUGCCAAGCUAUUAAGGGGGGACUUUUAUUUUGAAAUACCGUUUUAACCGGAAGCUAGACUUUCCCUUAAAGCCAGCGGUUUGACGGUUGUUUUCGUUGACAUAAACAUGGAUGGAUGUGAGUCAGAUAAUCGAUUCUGUUGUCUGUUCCUGUAUCAUGGGAUGUAGCAUCAGCCUCUGGGAACCCGGAAGGAACACUUCAACCGAGAGCCGAAAUUAGAUUAAAAUCUGUCGGUUUGUUUUUCUGGAGUAACGGAAAGGUUAAGCUCUUCUGAGCCCACCGGGGGAGGAGCAGGGCUCCUUUUGUCUGCGUGUUGUUCUGAUCACCGUGUCAACAUGGACAUGUACGGCUACAGCGGGGUCUUCCUGGUGAAAAGGUUUCUGCAAAAUGGGGUUUUUGAAGUGACAAACAUGAGCGACAUCAACAAGGCGAACCCGCACGGCUGCGAUAACGGAGCUCUGACCGACCGGUUCGGCGUCCUGAUCCAGGGACUCCUGGCUGUGGUCGCCUUCAGCACGCUCAUGUUGAAGAGGUUCCGGGAGCCUGCAGGGAUCAGACGACCGUGGAGGAUCUGGUUUUUUGACACAUCCAAGCAGGCCAUCGGGGCUCUUUUCAUCCACUUUGCCAACGUCUUCCUGUCCACGCUCACCAAAGAGGACCCAUGCUCGCUCUAUCUGAUGAACUUCCUGCUGGACGCCACGUUGGGGAUGCUGGUCAUCUGGCUGGCUGUGAAGCUGGUGUCCAGACUGGUGGAGCACAAGCAGUGGACGCUGCUCAUGUUUGGAGAAUAUGGCGACCCUCCCCAGGCAGCAGCGUGGCUCGGUCAGUGUGGCAUCUACCUGCUCAUCAUGGUGCUGGAGAAAGGAGUGAUCAGCCUGGUGCUGCUGGUCCCCGGAUGGUCCAAAUUGCAGGAGGUGCUGCUGAGCUACAUAGAGGACCCUCAGCUGGAGCUGGUGCUGGUCAUGCUCAUCGUGCCCUUCAUAGUCAACUCCAUCAUGUUCUGGGUGGUGGACAGCCUGAUGAUGAGGAAGUACAAGACGAUGAAGAGCCUGGAUGACUCCUGCGACAGCUCGGUGAAGAAGGCCGACUCGAUGCCCUGGGGCAACAGCGAGGAGUCACGGGUCCUGCUGACGGUGGAGACGGACACAGACGAGGCUUCAGAGGGCGAGGAAGAGGAGGAGGAGGAAGGACCAGCGGUGCCUCACAUGCAGUACUCCGGAGGGCCGCUGAGACCCAGCUGGGUGGUGGUCUAGAGCCAGGUGAUGCAGCCCGUCCACACACAGCAGUCACACUCUGCAGGGCCUCAACAGGAGCACACACACAAACCUCACACCCGAUUCUCCUCAGAGCUCUAAAUAUCAGCUUCCUCCUGAGCAGAGGCACAAUUAAAGGUUGUUUAACCUGCCAAUGAGAACACUACAGCCUUAGCUACCCUCCUCUAUGCAUGCAUGAAAAAUCAAAUAGCAUUUAUGGAGGAUUAGCAUCUGUUUAUCUUCUCACCUCGCUGCCUCAAGAGGACAUCAGAGUAACCACAACUGAGCGUGUGUGUGUGUGUGUGUGUGUGGAGAUUAUUAAGGAGAAACUGAUAUAAAUCUGUCUUCUCUCCUCACUGGGGACUUUUGGAAAUGAUGCUGCUUUAUCAUUUACCGUGUAUCAUAUUCCAAAGAGGAGCAAGUGAAUAAAGCGUCUAUAUAAGAGCUCAAAUAUAAUCACUUCAAAUCCACCUUUUUAAUUAAGGUGUAAUUAUAGUCAUCCAGGCGCGUUCUCCUUCUGGCUGCUUAUUUUAAGCUUAAAAGACACUUAAUGGUCUUAUUUUAUAAAAAACAUGCACAAGAUUUUUUUGGCAGCAACACGGACCAAACGUGUUCAAAGGAAAGGUUUCAGCUCUUUGCAACAGGCGGCUUUUAUGAAAAAAAUGUACAUGUAUGUGGGCAGGAAACGGCUUCAUGUCGUGGUUUAAAGGACCAGGUUACACUAUGUUCCUGCAUGAUUUCUGUAUUUGUUGUAUAUGACGGAGUAUUGGGGGAAAAAACUGAGAUUUUAAGAAUAAUGUUGGAAUAUUUUGAGAAAAAGAUGUAAACGUAAUGAGGAAAAAGUUCAUAUUUGAGAGAAAAGUUAACAAGAAUAAAGUCAGAUUUUCAUGAGACAAAUUAUAUUAUAUUUUAGGAAGAAAUUAUACUAAAUGUUCCUAGAAUAACCGUAUAUUCCAGUGUUAGUCUCAUGUAUUUGUCUCUUAAAGAAAUAGUUUUUUUGGAGUUUUUGCUUUCUCUCCAAGAAUUGAGAAGCUUUUUAUCACUCUUCUGUCUAUGGAAAGGAGUUGGUUAGCUUAGCUUAGUUUAGCUUAGCUUAGCUUAGCUUAGUUUAGCUUAGCUUAGCAUAAAGACUGGAAACGCGGGGAAACCGUUAGCCUGGCUCUGUUCAAAGGUAGCACAAUUUACCCACUUGCACCUCUAAAUCUCACUGAUUGGCACAUUAUUCAUUUUUAGUUUUAUCUGUGCACAAUCCAACGUGUGAAAAUGACACAUUUGGGUUUGACGAAGGGUUAUAAAGGGUUAUUUCUUGGCUGUGAAUUCUUGAAUUUGCUACUUUUUUGGAAAAGCAAGUGAGCCGUUUCCUCAUUUUUCAAGUGUUUGUACUAAGUUAAGUUACCUCUAUUGCAGCUGUAGCUUCAUAAUCAACAGAAAAAUAUAUCAGUGGUAUCAAUCUUUGGCAAAAAUGUGACCGGAGUGCUGCAGGAAUGAGUCUUAAAAACUGGAAAUGCACGUCUGGUUCCGUUUUAUAUUGAAUUUAUUGGGUUUUUGAUGAGAUUUUGGUUAGCUGUCUGAAAUCUGUGGUUAGCAAGAUUUUCUAAUUGUUUAUAGCCUCAUAUUAUCUUUUUACUCCUGUUGACUUCAUUUAAGCUUCAAAAAUCAUAAAUGUGUUAAUUUGUGAAUAUUUGUGAAGUAUAAAAUUAUGUUUUGGAUUAUACUUGCAAACCCUGCAGCACAAAAACUUCUUUUUAUGAAGUUUUGAGUUUUUAUGAACUUUUUGCUGGUGUUAUUUUUCAAAAAUCACAAUUUUCCUUGAUAUUUAACGUCUUGUAGAUAUUUGUAUUACCACUUGAAGCCUUUAUUUAUUUAUUUUUUCCAAAAAUUUUAUUUUCACGACAUUCCAACUUCUUUUUCUCAAAAUAUUGCAAUGUUAUUCUGAAAAUCUCCCCUUUUUUAUCCCCACAAACAGCCCUCUCUCAACACUCUCAGUGGGAUAAUACAGCAGCUGUGUAUGAAACUUUUGCAAGUUACGGCACAUUUCUUUUAUUUAUUCUGUUCAUAUUUUAUAUGUAUUUGACUUGAUAUAUUGUGGUCCAAUAUCUGUGGUAACAACGUUGGAAUAGAAGGAUUUUGAGAGUGAUUUCUCCUGUUAUUUUACGGUUUAAAAGCCAAAAAGGUCAACAGUUUCACAUUCCGUCUUAUCGUUUUCUUUUAUAUUCCAAUGUUUGUUUGUUUUUUAUAUGAAUCCAAUCAUGAUCAUGUGGUUAAACUGGCACAUUAAGUGCAGCGGUGCUUCUUACCGAAUGUAUCUCUUUAAUCUGUGCUAUGAAUAAAGAUGAUUGACACAUGAA